UGACAAGUUUUCGGUACCUACUAAAUGACUUAGUCAAUAAUGCAGUAAUAAAUAAAUAUUUCUCUUCCUAAACAUUCCAUCGCAAUAAAACAAUAUAAAUCUGAAAAUGGAGGAUAUGGCGCGUUUAGCCCUAGUCGAACAAAAUGUUAAAGACACUAAUAAGUUCAACGAAAUACUUCAAGAACUCUUGCAACUUAUCAACUAUAUUUUAGAUAAUCCACACGAAAAUGAAAUAAGAACAAUUAAAAGUGAUACGCUUAAAAAAUUGCUAAAUUGUGAAGCUUUCAGUGAUUAUCUUAAGUACAUUGGAUUUCAAACAGGGCAAAAUGAAUUCACAUUUCCUAAAGAACAGACUUUAAAUAAGCUGAGAGUUGCUCAAGCGGCAUUAGAAAGAAAAAUAAGCUUCUGCUAUGGACCCUUUAAGAAUAGUAGAGCAUCUGGUCUUCCAAGUUACUUGCAACACAGAAAGAAAGUUCAGUUAACACCAGCCGAUGUAUUGGAAACCGACAAUCAGUUACUAUUAAAGAUACAAACCCUCUUUAACGAUAUGAUAAAAUACGAAGAUGAGGAACUGCAACAGACGGCAAGGGAACAUAUUCCAUUAGUAACAUUGCAAUUAAUGGCACUAGAUAGAAUGAGAGAACAACAAAGGAAAAUCAAAACAGGUGAACUAAAAGGCCACGAUAUGUCAUUCGACAUCGCUCUUCUGAUGGAGCUGUUGGGUUGGUUCAAGCACAAGUUCUUCACCUGGGUAGAUCAACCCCCCUGUGACAGCUGCGGGGGGUCCACGCGGUUCGUGAAGACAACAACGAUGAAAACUGAAACGGAAACGUGCAGAGUUGAGUUGUACAAGUGCGUGUCGUGCGGCGCGGGCGCGCAGUUCCCGCGCUACAACGAGCCGCGCACGCUGCUGCGCACGCGCCGCGGCCGCUGCGGGGAGUGGGCCAACUGCUUCACGCUGCUGUGUCGCGCGCUCGGGUACGACACGCGAUACGUGUACGACACCACCGACCACGUCUGGUGCGAGGUUUUCGACUACGAAUCAAACGGUUGGCUUCACGUGGACCCGUGUGAGGGUACUCUAAACUCCCCGCUCAUGUACUCCCACGGCUGGGGCAAAAAGUUGACAUACGUCAUCGCGCUCUCCAGAGACGACCUGCAGGACGUCACCUGGCGGUACACCAACGAUCACAAGGAGGUGCUGCGGCGGCGCGCGGCGGCGGGCGCGCCGGGCGAGGCGGCGCUGGUGGCGGCCGUGCUGGCGCUGCGGGCGCGCCGGCACGCGCAGCUGACCGCGCCGCGCCGCGCCUACCUCGCCGCGCGCACGCUGCGGGAGCUGGUCGACCUCAUGCGGGAGAGAAAACCCACAGACUACGAAUCGCACGGUCGCAUAUCCGGAUCUAAGGAAUGGAGAACGGCCCGUGGUGAAAGCGGAGCCGUAUCCGGUCACGUUUUCGAGUUCGAGGUACCGGGUGAACACACUAUCCAGUACAGCACCGGUCCGGACAGAUACCGGAUAAGCAGCAACGGUACGGAAUCGGAGCCGCUUAAAACCUGGACGGCUGGAGUGUUUCAGUGCGAGAACGUGUUCAGAAAAGUGGAAAAAGACUGGAAACAGGCGUACUUGGCGAGGGAAGAAGGCGAAGAGACUGGCUCUGUGUCAUGGAAGAUUGCCACUGAAGGAGAAAACUUGGAGUUCGAUUCAUUAGCCAUUAAGUUGACCACUGCUGUUUAUGAGGAUGGAAAAAUUGAUUGGACGAUACAAUUCGACAACGACACGCCCAUAGCCGCAGAGCUAGGUGAGAGCACGGUCCGCUUCCCGCGUCGCUUCCGGCGCGCCACGCUGCGCGCGCGCCUGCGCGGCGGGCGCGGGGACGUGGCGUGGCAACACGCGCAGCUGUUCCGCCAGCCGCUGGACAGCGCUGCCGACAGCCUCGACAUACGGGCGCGCCUCGUCGCCAAGUAGUCGCGCUACACUAGUGCACAUCCAAAUAUCCUUUUUUUAUUUUUGCUUUUUGCUCACUUUGUUUAUAACACUCUUGUAAGCUCAUUAUAGAUAAAUUAUUUAUGUUUCCCACUAAAUGUUUCUAUCGCCGCCAUCUUUAUUUGAUGUUUAUACAAUUACACAUUGAAACUUUAUAAUAAUAAUAAUUAUUAUUUGAUGAAUUGCUCUUUUAAAUUAUUAAGAAUUACAUUUAUAAAAUAUGUCAUACGGUAUCCUUUUUUUUUAAACUAUUUUUUUUUUGUUAUUUCAUUCUUAUAGUUUAAUAUACAUACAUAAUAUUUAUAAUGUUCUCUAAUAUUUAUAAUCCUUUCGUUUCAUUUUCUUCCAUCUUCUCUUUUUGGUGAAAUUAAAUAUGUUUUGUUGAACUAUAUUCAAUAUUUUAAACCCAUAUUUAUUUUAUAUUUUUUAUUCCGACUCUAGUUUAUAAGGCACUGUGGAAAUUCCUGAUAUAUCUCCAGUUAUAUCGGACAUUUAUAUUUAAUGAAAAUUAUUCUGUUAAUAUAUAAAAUGAAGGUUAUGUAAAAAUUAUGUAAUGUUUCUCAACUGAGAUGCACAGUAAUGAAGUGAUAUAUAAGUGAUAUUAUUCGAUUGCAAUAAAGCUUGGUUGACGUUUA